CGCUCUGAUGGUCAGUACCACUGGUUGGGACUUCCAGGGAUCCCUUCUGCCAUCUGGGUUGUGGCUCCGCUCAUGUUUCUGCGCAUCUCUUGCAGAGCCCAUGAUGACAGAGAAGCUGCCCCAAGUUGUCAAGGCUGUGCAGCGUCUGUGCAGCGACCCCAGGAUCCGGGUGAGGAUGGCUAUUCUGUACUUCAUCAAGGAUCUGCUCAGUUCCAACACCCGGAGCUGCUCAGCUUGGGAUGUGGUGGGGCACAUCUUCAGUGAGUUCAGCCGCACCACGGAAAGAAGGGCAGCCGGAGACCUUUCUGCUGAGGAAGCCCAGGAAGAAGGAGCUCUCCAGGCACUGUGCAUGGACAUCCUGGGGUCACUGGACUUCUCUGUGAGAGGGAUGUCCAAACUCCUGUGGCCACGGCUGCUGUUGUUCGUGGUGCCAGCCCAAUACACCGGCAUGCUGAUCCCGGUCUCCCGCUGUGUCCGAGCCCUGUCCCAGAGAGAGGAUCUGACAGGACGGCAAAUAGAAGAUCUGGAUCCCCAUUUUGUCAGCACCAUGUUUCAAGGCCCACUGCUGACUCCCCAGACACUGCUGGUGCGCCUAUUGGUGGUGGCAGGCAGCCCUGUUGCAGGCAGCGAACUCCAAGCCGCUGCCUUACUGCUGAUGCAAAACCUGCACAGCAGGUUCCACAGAGCUGUGGGGGCCAUGUGGGCUACUGAGAUCCCCCUGCUGCUGCAGUGUCUUGAAGGGAAAGGGGAGAACUUCCUGGACUCUGCAGAGUUUGAGCGCCGUCUGCUAAAGGUACAGCAUUGCUGGGAGGCGCGGUGCAGAGAAGUGCUUGCCUGCCCCAAGUAGCCCCGCUCCCAUAUG